CGCCGGAGUUUUUCCCUCCCAAGCCAAGCCCAAACCUUUUUCUUCCCUCUCUUCUUUAUAUUUAUACACAAGCAAGACCCAAAUACCACACUCAUCCCUGUUUGCUAUAUGUGUAUAGAUAUACAUAUAUUCAGUCAUUGAAAGCGCAAUUACAGAUCUUCAAUGGCAGCCUCGUCAAACCCAAAUCAGGUUCCCACAACCCCUAUUCCUCAAUAUGACGGUCACGGUUUCUACAAACCAUCACCUCCUCAACCAAACACAACGUACCCUCCUCCCCAGCAACAACCCUUCCACUUUCCCAAUUACCCUCAAAAUCAUCCCCUCCAAAACCAUCACAACAAUCUCCCGCAGCGGUCUCUCUCCUAUCCGACGCCGCCUUUUCAGCCUUUCCCAAACUCCGGUGGUGCCCAAAUCAUGGCCCUCCUUCGUACUCCUUCCUCCAGUUCGAACCCUGAGUCGACUGUGCCAUUCACGGCCCCGGUGACGGAGUACUCGACGGGAUUAGUGGGGCCGCCCCGCAUGCCCAGCAACAAAGUGCCGAGGGGGAGGAGGCUGGCUGGAGAUACGGCGGUGUUGGAGUACGACGUCGACGUGAGGAUGCCUGGAGAAGCGCAACCGCAGCUGGAGGUGACGCCGAUUACCAAGUACAGUUCUGAUCCUCAGCUUUUUGUGGGGAGGCAGAUUGCAGUGAACAAGACGUACAUAUGUUAUGGGUUGAAGCAGGGUAAUGUGAGGGUUCUUAAUAGCAAUAACGCGUCGAGGGCUCUGUUUCGUGGCCACGGUCAGAGGGUCACAGACAUGGCUUUCUUUGCGGAGGAUGUUCACCUUUUAGCUAGUGUGAGCAUAGAUGGACGGGUUAAUGUAUGGGAGAUCUCUGAAGAUCUUGAGGAAGGAGAUAAGCCAGUGGAAAUUAAAGGAAAUAUCGUGAUUGCUGUUCAAAUUGUAGGAGAGGGGGAGGUUGUACACCCAAGAGUUUGCUGGCAUUGUCACAAACAAGAGGUUUUGGUAGUUGGGAUAGGUAAAAGUAUCUUGAGAAUUGAUACUACAAAAUUUGGAAAGGCCAAAGUCUACUCAGCGGAGGCUCCUCUGCAGUGUCCUGUUGAAAAGCCAAUUGAUGGAAUUCAGAUUGUUGGUAAACAUGACGGGGAAGUAACUGAUUUGUCUAUGUGCCAAUGGAUGAUCACCCGUUUAGUUUCUGCCUCAAUGGAUGGCACGAUAAAAAUUUGGGAAGAUCGCAAGGCACAACCACUUGCUGUAUUGCGACCAUACAACGGCAAACCUGUUUACUCAGCUUCAUUCCUAACUGCUUCAGAUCGACCAGAUCACAUUAUACUCAUCACUGGUGGACCCCUGAACAGGGAGUUGAAGAUUUGGUCCUCGACUAGUGAAGAAGGCUGGUUGCUGCCUAGCGAUUCUGAUUCCUGGAAGUGCACACAGACUUUGAAAUUGAAGAGCUCAGCAGCCACUCAAGUUGAGGAUGCAUUCUUCAAUCAAGUUGCAUCAAUGUCUCAUGUAGGCCUCCUCUUACUUGCAAAUGCUAAGAAGAAAGCCAUAUAUGUUAUACAUUUUGAAUAUGGGCCCAAUCCAGCAGCAACCCGAAUGGAUUACAUAGCAGAGUUUACAGUCACCAUGCCAGUGUUGAGUUUUACUGGGAUAUGUGACAUGUUACCUCAUGGCAUAUGCGUUCCUCAAAUCUAUUGUUUCCAGACGCAAGCUAUUCAACAGUAUACUUUUGACUUAUACCAGUGCUUGCCACUGCCUUUGGAGAAUGUUGGUUUGGAGAUGUCACAUUCCAAUGUUUCACAGGAUGCAUCUAAUAAUGAAGAACUUACUGCUUUGGACCCAUAUGAAAGCAAAACUUCUGAGUUAAUUGCUUCAGCACCCAAACCAACCACACAAGUUGGUACCUCUGAAAGUGGAAUUUCUGUUAGGUAUCCUCCAACCUCAGAUUCUGUUGAGGCAACUGCUUUGCCAGAAAUCACAACCGCAAAUGUAGAAUCUAAAUCUGUUUCUUUGGCACCAGCAAUUGGUGAUACUGAUAUUGGUCGUGUUAGCUCUCCGUCUCUUCCACACAGUCCUCGAUUGUCUAGGAAACUUUCUGGUUUUAGAAUGCCACUAAAGAGCUUAGAGGCUGGUGUUCCGCCUGGUGAUCUUGGUCCAAAACAACCAAUUGUGACUUAUUCAGGUGACCUGCAAAAGGAUAACAUGCCUCCAAAGUUGUUUGACAUGCCUUCCUUUAAUAAUGACUCAGAGAAAGAUGAGAGUAAAGGAGCUCAAGCUGAUAAUACUAAUUUGCUGACAUUUAAACACCGUACCCAUUUGAUAACACCUUCUGAUAUAUUAAUGGCUGCCUCUUCUUCUGAUGUUACUGGUCUUAUUGUGGGAAAAAGUGAGGUAGAUGCAAAUAGUCGGGAUGUGGUUGUCAAUAGUGAUGGAGCCAAUGCGGAGGUGGAGAUGGUCGAGUUUAAAGUAGUGGGUGAAACAUCUACUCACAACGACGAAUUUGGUCCCCAUGGAGAACCUCGUAGCUGUGUUUCAGAAAACAAGGAAAAGUUCUUUUGCUCCCAGGCUUCAGAUCUGGGAAUUGAAGUGGCAAGGCAGUCGUCUGCAAUAUCAGAAGAUAAUUUGACUGAAGAGGAGCCUCAGCCAGUUGAUAAUGUUGGAUCAGAAAGUCUUGCCCAACCUCCCAGAGCUGAUGAUGAAAUCCAUGACUCCAAGAAAGACAUGUCUGGUAAAUUUUCUGAGUCAGUUGUAUCCACUGCAGUAAUGGAAUCACCAUCUCCAAGUUCGAAAGGGAAAAAGCAGAAGUGGAGGAAUUCACUGGCAUCAGGUUCACUUUCUCCAUCUUCAGGUGUUUUCAAUUCUGCAGAUUCUUCCAAUGGACCAGCUGGGAGUUCUAAUCCCGUUUCAGUAGAAGCUACUCCUCCUCAAGUUUUGGCCUUGCAAGAGAGGCUUAGCCAGCUCAUGCACAUGCAGAAGGAGACCCAGAAGCAGAUGUCAAAUAUGGUUGCCAUCCCCGUUUCCAAAGAAUGUAGAAAACUGGAGGCAGCUCUUGGACGGAAUAUUGAGAAGGCUGUUAAGUCAAAUAACGAUGCUCUGUGGGCUCGCAUACAAGAAGAAAAUGCCAAAAAUGAGAAGUUAUUGAGAGAACGUACUCAGCAAAUGACGAACUUGAUCAACAAGGACUUGAUGGCCAUGUUAGAGAAGGUGGUGAAGAAGGAAGUGCCGGCAAUUGGACAAAUUGUAAUCCGCACAGUCACUCCAAUCAUUGAGAAGACAAUAUCUUCAGCUAUUGCCGAUUCUUUCCAGAGAGGAGUUGGUGAUAAGGCAGUGAAUCAGCUGGAGAAAUCUGUUAAUGUAAAACUUGAAGUUACUGUCGCAAGGCAAAUUCAGGCACAAUUUCAAACUUCUGGCAAGCAAGCCCUCCAAGAUGCUUUGAAAGCUGGUAUUGAAGCUUCAAUAAUUCCUGCCUUUGAGACCUCAUGCAAAGCAAUAUUUGGCCAAAUAGAUACUGCCUUUCAGAAAGGAAUGGUUGAACAUACAAAUGCAGCUCAGCAGCAAUUUGACGCUGCUCAUUCUCAGUUGGCGAUUUUAUUGAGGGAUACCAUCAAUUCAGCAUCAUCUGUUACUCAAGCUCUACGCACAGAAUUAGCUGACGGUCAACGAAAGCUGUUCACUAUGGCAGCUGCUGGAGCAAACUCAAAGGCGCUAAACCCCUUGGUCAACCAAUUGAGUAAUGGAUCUUUGGGUGGUGGAUAUGAGAAGGAACUAUCAAGACUGAUAUCUGAACAGAAAUACGAUGAGGCUUUCACGAUACCUCUGCUAAGAAAUGAUUUGUCAAUUGUAUCCUGGUUGUGUUAUCAGGUUGAUUUGGAAGCCAUUUUGUCAAAAGAACCUCUUCCUUUGAGCCAAGGAGUACUGCUCUCUCUUUUGCAGCAUCUUGCUUUUGACAUCGGGACAGAUAUACCCCAGAAACUGCGGUGGAUGACAUCUGUGGCACUUGGUAUAAACACAGCAGACCAAACAAUCGUGGCGAACGAGGUGCAAUUUUACAACAUCGUUGAUCAAGUAUACAAGAUACUGCACAAUCUACUCAGUUCACCAAAUGUUAAAGAUCAGAAUGGCAUCCAAGAUCUCAUAUUUAUCGUCCAUUCCCUGAUGAUGAAAAGAAGGUAAAAAUAAAAUAAAAUAAAAUGAAACUUAGAUCUGUAGUGAUCGUUGUGCAGAAUAUAGCCAGAGAGGGUUUGUGCAAAAUAGUUGAGGAUGCUUUUUACAUGAUGAUGCUAUUUCUUUCUUUCCUGUUGACAGUAGCUCUACAAUUUUCAGUGCAAAAGUUUUGUCUUAUUUCUUCA